UCGCGUGCACAUGGGGCAGAGCACGGCCUGCUGCGGACUACAGCCGGCGAGAUCUACACCUGGGGCUGGAACGAGCACGGAAACUGUGGCAACAACAGUACAGAGAAUGUAUGCAGCGCGUGAAGUUGGCCGGAGCUGGCUCGGGCUUCUGUUACGCCAUUUCCGAGUCGUCUGUUAAUUAAUUUUAUAAUAAAUGUUAAAAAUGCUUAAAAAUACUAAACGGAAUAUCGAAAUUAAGGUAUUUGAUGUCGGAUCAUGAGCAAAAUUGUACGAAUAAUCAAACCCAAGCAGUUGGCGCUCUUUCUUCCAUCGAUAGUUGAAGAAACAUCGAUGUAUCGAUAGUAACAAUGAAGUUUUUCAACCUUCAGCAGCUUUACUUGAACUCCGCGGAAUUUUCGUUGCAAAUACUAUUUGCCAUUUUUACAGUGAAAAUAAAGUGCUUUGUUUUUCAAAAACUUAAUCUUUUCCACAGAAAAAAGAAGCUCUUUCUCCUGCACCUUGACGACAUCCUGCCGCAGGCGUUGAAGCUACAGCCGCGCAACAAUAACCAGCCGACUGGCUGCUCCACAAUCAUUGUCAACCAAAAGAAUUGCCGACUGUUGGGUCACACCGAGGAUGCCCUGACGGAAUCCCUCAAUCAUUACUAUUUUGUUGACGCGCACAUCAUCAGCGACAAGCCGCAGGGCAAAUACAAUGUCAAGGAGGAGCACUUUAUGUCCCUGUGCUAUGCCGGACACUUGCCCGGCUACACCAUGAAUCAGAAUUAUCAUGGCCUGGUCUUCAGCAUCAAUACGAUCAGUGCGGAGCUGUUGCGCAGUGGCAAGACACCGAGACACUUCUUGACACGAGCCCUGCUGGCCACCAGCAAUGUGGACGAUGCUUUUAGGGUGCUCAAGGACGCAGGUGUGGGAGCAGCCGAUGCCUGCUCCAUUAACUUUACCUUCUUGGCCGAUCCCCGCCAGAUGUUCUAUAAUGUGGAGAUGGCGCCUUCGCCAGACCGUAAGAAUGAGUCGCUUUUGAACAUCAAGGAGAUACCCUUGGGCAAUCAUAACUACCAUGUGAAUCAAUUCGAUCGCAUACGCCAGGAUCAGGCCAACGCUCUGAUGGUCGACUCCAGCGUAUCGCGAAUGCAGGCGUUCGGCACCUACAAGCCGCCAUCGAGCGAGCAGGAUGUGCGCCAUAUGCUGGGCGAUGUCUCUGGGGGAAUGUAUUGCGUGUGGCGCGAGAAUGGCAGCUGUGAUGAGGUGGUCAAAACCAUUGCCGUUGGCAUUUUCGAUCUCACCGCUAGGACCAUGUCGCUCUAUUCGGACAAUCCCAGUCAGACGGAGCCUCACUGCAGGUUGCCUCUGCUCUUCAAGUAGCUUUAAUGCACACCCCCCGCCUCCCCCCUUUGUUGGACGCAGAUUUUACUCGUAUGUUUAAUAAACAUAAUCAAAUGGCAGUUUGAGCUUGAUCCAAAAUUUUGUUGGGUCGUUAGCCAAUCUAAAACCUCUCACUCUUCAAAAUAAAACUGUGAAAUUUGA